AUGGCCGAAGAUACACGCAGACGGCAGUCCAGGCGCAUGCGGCGGAAACCGGAAUUCUUUUCUUCGCAAACCUUCUCUUCUGCGACUACGAAGCGGAAACGUACAAGCUCACGCCGCGAUGGCGAAGACGACGACGCGUCAGAUUCAGGCGAUGCCGGCGACGAUGUCAACGAUGAAGAGGUUGAGGAUGCGGAAGAGGAGGAAGAUGAUGAGAGCGAAGGUGAGCCCGAUGAAGAAGAGCUAAGGGAAAGGCGAAGAUCAACCAAGAAGGCUGCGAAACGGAAACAGCCCAAGGAGAGCAAUAAGGGCCCGUCGAGGGCCAAACGUGCCACCAAAAAACCGAGGAUCGCGAACGGCAUUGAAACGAAUCUUGCUUUACGACCGCUGGUCAAUGGUGAAGGAAGAAAGCCAAAGAAGCCGAGAAAACCGCGCGUUCGACCAAGUGGAUUUGCUGGUGAGGAAGGAUUAUACGCUGAGGUUUUUGCUCGCGGUCAUACUACCGACGCCGUUGCUGCGGAGUGGCUUACAAAAUACGAGAAGCAUAAUAUUCAUGCGAUGCGCGAACUUGUAAAUUUUAUCCUGCGAUGUUCAGGCACCGAUUUGAAAGUCGACGACAACGACAUCGAAGACGUAGACAACAUCGCGAGCCGCCUGGACGAUUUGCAAGAGGAAUACCAAUCGCAGAGUAUUACCGAAUACCCCCUUAUAUCGAGAUCUAAAAAAUUUAGAGGGUUUCAAUCCGUACUGACCCGAUUUUUCGAGUCACUCAUCAAAACAAUCCAUAGUGCUUCGGUGCUGUAUAACGAUGCCGCGCUGCUAGAAAAUAUUCAGGCUUGGAUUACUUCAAUGUCCUCUGCCCCUAUCCGACCAUUCAGGCAUACUGCCACGAUCAUCUCCUUGACAAUCGUUACGACAUUAUGUUACGUCGCGAAAGAAGUCUCCACGACAUUGUCGAACACCCGGAAGCAACUCGAAACGGAAAAGAAGAAGAAAACGGUUAAUAAAGGCAGGGUGGGCGCUCUCCAGUCCAAGGUUCAAGAAAACGAACAAAAACUCGAAGUGAUAGAUAACGUUCUCCAUGACUCCUUUGACACCGUCUUCGUUCACCGGUAUCGGGAUGUUGAUCCAAAAAUUCGGGCGGAAUGUAUGUCUGCGCUUGGCCUAUGGAUGGUCACUUAUAAACAGCUAUUCUUCGAAGGCCAGUAUCUUCGAUAUCUGGGCUGGGUUCUCUCAGACACUGUUCCACACACGCGAUCAAUCGUUGUUCAGCAACUCCAUCGUUUAUUCCAGAACAAGGAUAACAUACCAGGUCUCAGGGCGUUCACAGAACGUUUCCGUCCAAGGAUCGUGGAAAUGGCUGUGAGAGAUGCCGAAAGCAGCGUUAGAGCAGCUGCUGUGGAAUUAUCAGACCUGAUCCGCGACGCCGGAUUAUUGGAGCCCGACGACAUUGACGGCGUUGGGAGACUUGUCUUGGAUAGCGAGACGCGGGUGCGAAAAGCGGCUGGCAAAUUUUUCGUUGCAAAUAUUCAAGACGUCUACGACUCACAAAUAGAAGGCCUGGAAGAAGAACUCAGCGAAUCGUUUGUAGAUGACGACGAAGAUGACGAUUUCAAGAUCCCCAGACGCUCUUGGAUCAAAUACAAGUGCUUGGUAGACAUGCUUCAAGCCUACGACGAGCAACAAUCGGAAAUGACCGAAAAUCGCGAGCUCACAACGAAAACCGAUUUAUUUGGCAAUCAAGUGGAAUCCAGAUUUGCACUUGCAACAGAAAGUAUCUAUCCUCAUUUCCAGGACCUGAACCGGUGGGAAUCUCUGGCCGGAUAUUUGCUCUAUGACCAUUCUCAGAUACCAGAGUCAGCAGGUGAAGAUGAUGACGCCGCCGAAGCUGUAAAGCAGCUAUAUAAACUUGACGAAGGUCAGGAAGUUAUUCUGCUAGAAGUACUAAGUGCUGCGGUCAAACUUCACAUUCAAGAGAUAUCCAAAUCCGAUACCGACAAGAAGGGCAGGAAAACAAAGCUGCUGAUGGAGAGGAUGGAAGCCAAGCAAGAAGCUAUCGCCCAUAACCUCUCGCAAAUAAUUCCUCAGCUGCUAAACAAAUUUGGUGCCGCACCAGAGGCUGCAUCGGCAGUUUUAAGACUCGAGCACCUUGUCAACCUCGACCUGAUUCAGGACCUUCAAAAAGACGCUGCAUCGUAUGCUGAAAUCUUAAACAAUAUCAAUAAACAAUUCUUGACACACUCUGACCAAAAUGUGCUGGCUGAAGCGACGGUCGCCUUCCUCCAUGCUCGAACAUCUGAGGAGCUCAAGGAAGCAAUGGAAAAUAAAGUGCAAGAGUUGUGGGAUGAUACGCUGGAUGCGCUGUGCACGGUUGUUGCAAAUAAACGUGUUCAAGAGACUAGCACACUUUCUGCUGGAGUCCUCUCUUCACUCAAGAACAAUGUCGCCCGGAUCUCAAAUCUGGCCAGUAUAGCUGAUUGUACGUCGACGCUCGAAACGUCGGCGCAGAAUUCCAAAAAGCGGAAUUCUGAAACCCAACCAGCCGUGGAUAUAUUAUUGGACGUAGCUAAACGGGGGCUACGCGAGGCGAGUUUUGAUGAAGAGGUCGAUUCCCUGGAGCGAGAAUUGAUUUUCAACACUUUUAGGACUUUACUUGUUUAUUUCAUGUGGAAAGUUCAGGCAUUGGAUUCUGGUCUAUCAAACGGAAAGGCAUCUUUCAAUGAACGAUAUUUUGAGAACCUAUCGGCACGCAGAGAAUCAUUUCUUUCCACCCUUACGGCUAUUAUGCAAACGCGGAAAGGGGUAGACAAUACAAGGAUCGCAGCCGCUACGACUUUGUUAGAUUUGCAGACUGUAUUUGGCACUCUCCGACAUACAGUGACAAACAAGGCCCAGGACGGCGACAAUGAAACUCUUAUGCAAGUCGAAGAAUUAGUGCAAGAUAUUUCCCCGGCAGCGUCUACAUUAAUAUCUCGCAUCCACGAUGCUGUAUUGAAAGCAUACGCUAAGAAAUCUCAUCACACGAUUGACAUAACGACAACCGAUGAAGACUUGCCCGAGUCUCAGUCUGAUCUUGAAUCUAGCUCGGACGAGGAGGAUGAUGAAAUGGAUGAUGACGAGGAUGAUGUACAGUCGAGUGCGCGUCGCAUGCGUGCCAAGCUCCUAGCUGAGCAAAGGCUCUGCGAGUUCACAGGCAAGAUUGUCCUAGCGAUUAUUGGUCAUGUAUUGGAUUCGUCGGGCUCGAAUGCGGGUAAACUAAAAGCGAAAUUACUCCGCCAUAAAUCGCGACUAGGCCAUAACUAUAAAGCCGUUCUGGCAUAUCUAGAGGAGGACAAAGCGCCAACUGCAGCUCGAGGUGUCCUGAAAUCCUCGGUCAAACCGCAACGGCCGAACGGUACUACUGCGAAUAUCAGCAAUGGCAAGUUCAAAUCUACUGAAAGAGUGGUUGAUGAUGAGGAGGAAGAGGAAGAAGAGGAAAUUCGACCCGCGGAGGAUGACGAAGAGGACGAUUUGCGCUCUAGAGGGCCCAUGGAGAAUGACGAGGAUCAUGGCGAGCGCGAAGGCGCGGAGUCACCACUGACCCCUAUCGAAGACGAUAUAAUGGGUGAUUAG